GGCCGUCUCGAUUGGUGUUAGAACUGGCGCUGUUACGCGGUUCACCUAAUGUGUUCAAUGACAGUUACGUCUUUUGAUAUUACAAGUACAGGCAUAUACAAGCAUAUCAAUUAACUGUCGUAUACGGGUGAACACCAUGGCUGGAUCAAACAACAAGGUUGGUGAGAAGUGCAAAGAAAACAAUGAGAGUGAAUUCUUCUGUGAACUUUGCAACCUAGAUUAUUUCACUAGAACUCAGUUUGAAGAACAUGAUUGGUCAUUGUUACAUCAUCAGCGAAUGGAAAAAGUUCAUGGGAAGGAACAUGCCCAUGUAUGCAGUCUAUGUCAUUUCAGUUGUACAGGUUUAUCUGCAUAUGGAAAACACCUUAUUUCUCUGCAGCACAGAGCUGGUCUUGAAAGACGUAGACAUGAUUCUUCAUCUCCAACAAGAAACCUCUCAAAAGCAUUGUUGAAGACUCCAGUGAAUAAUGAUUUGAAGAACAGAACACCACAACAUGAUAGCAGAUCACGUUAUGACCAGAAAACACCUGCUGGAUUUAAAAGGAAUGAUGAUAGACCUAACAAACCAUCAAAGGCAAUGAACACUAGUGUAUCUAACUAUUCAGAUGACAACCACUCACAGAGCUCUUAUUAUCAUACCUUUGAACCUGCACUUAGAAAACCGGAAUGGGAAAGAGAUUAUCCCCAAGAUACUGGUCAGUACAAUUACUACAAUAGACCACAUAGUGCUCAGGGAUUUUACAGGGGCAUACAGAAAAGAUACCCACAAGAAAGAUCUUUUUUACCCCAGGAAAGUUUCAGAAGUUACAACAGAAGUUUUCACAGAGAAAAUUAUGAAUAUGCUUCUCCAGCUAGGAUAGAUAAUACUGUCAGUAAAAAUUGGUAUCAUGAGGAUAUUGGCUGGAGAACAAGUACUCCAGUUAAUGAACGUGAUUACCCUUAUGAACAGCAAAACCAAGACCGACAUCACAAUAAAAAUCAAGCAUUGUCUGUCUAUGCACACAAUACUCGUACAUUUGUAGAAUCAAGUUAUGUAAAUAGAGUUGACGAAGCAGUCAAUAAUGAGAGGUUCAGAUAUAUGGAUCAAAGACGCCAGGGUACAGAACAAUUAAUCCCUCGUAGAAAGAGUUACUCCACUGGUGGUAUCCCGGUAUCAGAACUUGGGGCUAGCUUCAGAAAGGAAAGAUCUAUCCCUGUUAAUGAUAGGAGAGUUGAAUACUCCUCCACUUACACAAGUAUUAAAGACAAUAAUACCAUUCCAAGUUGUCGGUCACCUGUUGAAAUCACUUCUACUACGCCAGAUACUAUGCUAGGCAAUGUCAAUAUUGACAAGUCAACUCGAGAUAAGUCACCAGGACCAAUCACAUUAGAUGAACUGAAAACAAAUUCAUUUCAAGAACAUGCAAAGGAGUUGAGCAGGUCCACUGUUGUGAUGUCAGAGAAAAAUAAAUUGCAGGAAAAGAUGGAAAGAUUACAAGAGAUAAGAGCUAAAAAAGAACAACUCGUUAAAAACCAAGAAAGGAUUUCAUUGCUCAAGCAAAGAUUAGCUCGUGGCUUUGCAUCAAGAAAUCAGCAGCAUGUUGAUGACAUGGACAAAAGCUUGAAGAGUGUUUAUGCUAAAGAAUUAGAGCGUGUCCAACCUCCAGAUGAACCUCAGCCACAGGAAACAACAUCUUUGGUUGAACCUUUUUUUAAGCGACCUAGUCAACCUAAUCUUAGUAUGGAACACAACUGUCCCCCAGUAGUCAAGAGAACAACAGAUAACAAGGGACCACUUCAUCAUAAAAAAAUGCAACAUAGAGAUCGCAAAUCUGAUUCUGUUAAUAAGAAUCACAUUGAUAGACAUCACAGCAGUUCAGAUGCACUCAGGCAGACAGAUGAAGUUCAUGAACUAAAUUCAAAUGAGUUUGAAAUGCAAGUAGAUACAGACAGUGCAGAAGGAAUUCAUUUUGUAGAGCCUCAGUUUGAUUCCUAUUAUACAGAGUCAACAGAUGAAGAUACUGCAUCAAGGAAGAAAUCUCCUUGUAGCCCAGGUAAAUAUAGAAAACAAAGAUAUAGCAGAUCUGAUUCUUACCCACCGUAUCCACAGGUCUCUCAUCAAGACAAUCAAAACAGGCCAAAAGAAAAUGAUGAUGGUGACUGUACGUCCUCAGAGGAAGUGCCACAGUACCAGCGAUUCCAUAGUCAUGAAUACGUGUCAAGUGAAAGCAGCGAACAAGAAAGUAGUCUGGAUCUUUCAAAACUUAACUUACCUCAAGACUUACAAAAAGAACUAUCUAAGCACAUUAGAGCCCAGAAUAUUGCCAAAAGCCAAGGAAUCGUGCAGCCAAACUUAGGACAUGCAAGGAGUCGUCUUCAUGUUGGACAGCGACCAAAAAGUGGAGAUAAAGGUGUCGAGCAGAGACUUUUACAGAUGUUGAGUUCACCACACUCCAGACAUAGACAGGACAAACAGUUUGAAAGACUGAAACAGCAUGUACAGUCAACCAAACCACCUUCAAAGCUUCCAAGAUUUGGUCUGCAGUUGCUUCCAUCUCAGUUGACACUACCGCAGAUACUACAAGAUACCGAUUCACAGGUUGAUGAUGUGAUAGAAUGCCAGAAUGAAAACAUUAUAGAAUUAGAUUCAGAUCCGCCAAGUCCAAAUAGUUUGUCUCGAACUAAAAGAUCUCAUGCUGAUAUCGAAGCAAAUGUUAGUUCAGAAAAUGUUACUUCAGAGAUACUAGAAGACGCCCAGACCAAGAGGCGUAAAAUGAAGGAAAAUACGAUUCAGGAAGCUGUGGUAGAACUAGAGGAUAAUAAAAAUGAGGAUAGUGUCACCGCAUGCAAUGUGGAUGUUACAACUUUGUAUCAGAUUUCAUUACAAGAAGAGGAACUGCACAGAAAAUUAUCAGCAAGUGAGAGAUCAAUAGUUGAGAUGAGAAGCUAUAUACAGAAUAAAAUAGAAGAACUACGAACAAUGGAGGCACAGCGUGCACAGAUAUGCCAAGAGAUGCAAGGAAUUCGUGACCAGCGAAUGAUGAUUUUGAAAGGUGCUGUUUCAGAGAGAAAAGUAGACGAAGGUACCAGUAUCUCAUUCAGUACACCAAUGCAAGAACGUAGAGACAAAAUCAGUGCUGACACAACCACCACUGAUAAAGAGAAGUCUAUGGAAUCCAGCAAGCCUGAGACCAAUGAUGCCUGUCAACCAAUGAAAAUUAAGUCAGAACCAAUUGAUACUGAUUACGCAAAAGCUGAAAAAACUGUAAUGAUGUCAUCAUCAAGCGUUCAGGAAAGUCCUGGAGAUAGCAGCUUAACUACAAUGUUUGAACAGUUUACCAAGAAUCCAAAGAAGUUUGAAAUAGAACCAGUUGAUGAAUCUGUGUUUGUUAAUAGUACCCAACAAAAUGGUCUGCAAGUGACAGUUAAAACUAACAAAGCUGGAAAAGAGUCGCAUGCACAAACACCACCAAUUGAUUCUACUAAUUCAGCAAAGAAUCUAUGUAAGGACUCUAGUUCUGAAAUUACUUUGCCAAAAAGCUGUGUAAGUUUUGCCAGUGAUAACAAACAGAAGAGUCAGACAGUAGGUGUUCAGGGAACGACUGACAAACCUGUGAAUGAGAAGAAGAAGCUCAAACUUGUAAAGGAUCGAAAGAUAAAAAGCAAAAAAGCAACAGUGAGCGAGGAUGAAGUUGCUCCACAUGUUCGUAGUAUGGAAGAACUGCAGAAUUCAGCUCCGUACGAGGUCGCUGCUAUCAAUGCUAGUAGCGCAACAUUGCGACAGCUUGCAUCAAACUACCUAGAAUUAAAAAAUGCAUCUACGUUAUUCUUGAAAGAAACUAAAUCAAGCACACAGGAUUCUUCUCAAAGUGUCAAGCUUGGAGAUGUACCAGUAUCCAAAAAUGAUAGCAUUGAGGACAUGGAAAUUGGUACAGACACUGAUGUCAGCAUACAAGUUGAGAAUGGCUCACAUAGUGUAAGAAGACUGAAAACUAGCCCAGACAGAAAAAAAACACAUAAAGACAUUUCUGGAAGAAAAACUGUUGAUAGUCAUUCACCGUUUCAGUCUGUUAUUGAUAGCAUUAUGGAGGAAAGUGAUCAUAUUCUUCCAGUGUCUAAGUCCGUGAAGUUUGAGAAUCAAGAACAUUUCCCAAAGAAGGAGGAAUCGCCCUCUUGGACAGCUCCACUUUCACAGGACAUAAGAGUUGUGCUAAAUGACAUUUACAAGAAUCCAUUUGACAAGAAACCCAUUAAAAGGGUGGAUAACAUUUGUGAUACUAAGAAACCUCAAAAAGAGAGCCUGCUGUCUGUUCCUAAGGCUGGUCAAUGUACAUGUAGUGUCCAACAUGGUACACAGGAUUUUACAUGGAUGAAAGAUUCAUCCAACGUUAGUGAGUUUUCUGAAAUAGUUAAUAUAAACAAUGAUAAUGUGGUGGAUUCCACACGACUAGAUCAACAAAUAGUGGGUUUAAAUGAAGAAGCUGCUAUUGAAAAGAAAAAGAAAUCUCCCAAAAUGUCAAAAGAUGGAAGAAAAGUGAAAAGGAAGAAGAGGAAACCAAAGAAUGAGGAACCAGAUUCUGAUGCUGAUAUCUCACUUGUUGUUGUGCCUAAACAAGUGGUUAAAAGAAAAUCAAAAUCAACAAAACCAGCUAAAGUUUGUGAGAAUGUUUCUACAUCGCUCACCCAACCUGAGGAGAGAAGGAAGCAUAAACCAAUAGUAUUAGAUCAUUCUGCAGACUUUUUACCACUUGAUGAUGAUGAUGAUGAUUUGCAAAGAACUGAACCAUACAGCACAGUAUUACCAAUAGAUAAUUCAACCGAUGAUGAACAGUCAAAUCAGGAAAUAGUUGAAAUCCUACAAUCAUGUACUACUGAGGACAGCAAACAUGACUCAGUGAUCCCCUCUGAACCAACACUGAUUGGAUUGAACAAACAAAUGGCUGCUAAUGAUUCAGAUUUUAUGUCCAAUUAUGAGGAAGAACCCAUGCAGCUUGCAGACACAGAAGAAGAUGCCAGUGCAUCAGAAUUUACAGUGCCAGUCAGUGCUGCACACGUCACAUCUACAAAUGACUUAGAUGAAUGUGAAUCAGAUGUAUCCAAAAGUUCAACAUUGGUUGAUGGAGUCAAUCCUCGGACAUCACUGUUGUCAAGAGUUUCUAUGGACAGUCUGCAGGUAUCACCACACAUCAGAAGUAAAUUUCGACUGCAGGUUUUGGAGCAAACUGGACUGUCAUCCCAGGAUACAGUUGGCACCAGUAAAGUAGAAGAGAUGUCAACUCACGUUAGUUUGUCCACAGUGACAUCAUCUAAGCGAUCUAACGGUAAAGAUGAAAGACUUCCUGUGAACACACCAGAAAGAAGGCCUGACCAAACUGUAUGCAUUCCACAGUCCACCCAGUCUCAGCUACGCACCGGUUUAUUUCGUGAUCACCACACUGACAAUGUGGUCGAUAUUCAGGCCAUCUAUGGAAACUUAUUUACUGCAUCCUCUGAUGGCACUAUUAUGAAAUGGAAUUUAGAGGUAAGAACAACAUCUAAGCUUCCAUCUUUGUCUUUCUCUUCACUCAUGGACUUCAUCUGA